GCUCGGCGGCGGCUCCAGUGGCAGCGGCGGUGGCGGCUCGGCGGGCUCGGCGCCUCCUGUCCCGCGGGCGGCUUCGCGCGCGCUGCCCAGGGCGCCCCGUGGCGCCCGGACACACGUGGGCGGCUGGGCGAUGGCCCCUGCCCGGCGACGUGGCGGGCUGGCACGGGGGCGCGGGACGGCGCGGCCCGAGUGAGCCGGGGCCGCGCUCCCGCCCUCGGCCCGGGCCGCCCGGGAUGGCCGUGCCGCCGCUCGGCCGGGCGCUGCUGCUGUGGCAGCUGCUGGCGGCGGGCGGCGCGGCGCUGGAGAUCGGCCGCUUCGACCCGGAGCGCGGGCGCGGGCCGGCGCCGUGCCAGGCGGUGGACAUCCCCAUGUGCCGCGGCAUCGGCUACAACCUGACCCGCAUGCCCAACUUGCUGGGCCACACGUCGCAGGGCGAGGCGGCCGCCGAGCUGGCCGAGUUCGCGCCGCUCGUGCAGUACGGCUGCCACAGCCACCUGCGCUUCUUCCUGUGCUCGCUGUACGCGCCCAUGUGCACCGACCAGGUCUCGACGCCCAUCCCCGCCUGCCGGCCCAUGUGCGAGCAGGCCCGCCUGCGCUGCGCGCCCAUCAUGGAGCAGUUCAACUUCGGCUGGCCGGACUCGCUCGACUGCGCCCGGCUGCCCACGCGCAACGACCCGCACGCGCUCUGCAUGGAGGCGCCCGAGAACGCCACGGCCGGCCCCGCCGAGCCCCACAAGGGCCUGGGCAUGCUGCCCGUGGCGCCGCGGCCCGUGAGACCCCCCGGCGAUGCGGGUCCGGGCCCGGGCAGCGGCGGCACCUGUGCGAACCCGGAGAAGUUCCAGUACGUGGAGAAGAGCCGCUCGUGCGCGCCGCGCUGCGGGCCGGGUGUUGAGGUGUUCUGGUCGCGCCGAGACAAGGACUUCGCGCUCGUCUGGAUGGCCGUGUGGUCGGCGCUGUGCUUCUUCUCCACGGCCUUCACCGUGCUCACCUUCCUGCUGGAGCCCCACCGCUUCCAGUACCCUGAGCGCCCCAUCAUCUUCCUCUCCAUGUGCUACAACGUCUACUCGCUGGCCUUCCUCAUCCGCGCUGUGGCCGGAGCCCAGAGCGUGGCCUGCGACCAGGAGGCGGGCGCGCUCUACGUGAUCCAGGAGGGCCUGGAGAACACGGGCUGCACGCUCGUCUUCCUGCUGCUCUACUACUUCGGCAUGGCCAGCUCGCUGUGGUGGGUGGUCCUGACGCUUACCUGGUUCCUAGCGGCCGGCAAGAAAUGGGGCCACGAGGCCAUCGAGGCCCACGGCAGCUACUUCCACAUGGCGGCCUGGGGACUGCCGGCGCUCAAGACCAUCGUCAUCCUGACGCUGCGCAAGGUGGCCGGGGACGAGCUGACUGGGCUCUGCUACGUGGCCAGCAUGGAUGCAGCUGCGCUCACGGGCUUCGUCCUGGUGCCCCUCUCCUGCUACCUGGUGCUAGGCACCAGCUUCCUCCUGACCGGCUUCGUGGCCCUCUUCCACAUCCGCAAGAUCAUGAAGACGGGCGGUACCAACACCGAGAAGCUGGAGAAGCUCAUGGUCAAGAUUGGGGUCUUCUCCAUCCUCUACACGGUGCCUGCCACCUGCGUCAUUGUUUGCUACGUCUAUGAACGCCUCAACAUGGACUUCUGGCGCCUUCGGGCCACAGAGCAGCCAUGCACAGCAGCCACCAUGCCCGGAGGCCGCAGGGACUGCUCACUGCCAGGGGGCUCAGUGCCCACUGUGGCUGUCUUUAUGCUCAAAAUCUUCAUGUCGCUGGUGGUGGGCAUCACCAGUGGGGUCUGGGUAUGGAGCUCCAAGACUUUCCAGACCUGGCAGAGUCUGUGCCACCGCAAGAUGGCAGCUGGCCGGGCCCGGGCCAAGGCCUGCCGGGCCCCCGGGGGCUAUGGCCGUGCCAUGCACUGCCACUAUAAGGCCCCCACCGUGGUCUUGCACAUGACUAAGACAGACCCCUCUCUGGAGAACCCCACACACCUCUAGCGACACAGGCCUGGCGCAGGGUGGCUGCUGCGCCCUUCUUGCCCUCCCUGCCCCUCCCCCCAGAGACAGCUGACUAGCAGCAGCCCAGCUGUCAAGGUCAGGCAAGUGAGUAUGAGGGGGCUGAGAACCAGGGUGGGGACCCAGAGAGGUUCAUGUCCCGUCCCACUGCAUUCGGGGGAUGGGCCUGGCUGAGUCCCCACAGGGUCCUGGGCAAGGGUGUGGGAGGAGGGGGCAGAAGGGGGUAGGGUCCAGCAGGAGUUUAUUUAAUGAUGUAAUUUAUUGUUGCGUUUCUCUGGAAGCUGUGACUGGAAUAAACCCCGUGUGACA